GUCAUUUCGCCUUCGCGUCCCGCACUUGUUGGAUGUGUCCGGUUUAAAUUCCGUGAUUUCAAGCUUCCUGCCGCUUGCUUUCUCUCUUGGAGUCCCGAGAAUAACGCCGCUGUGAAUGGAGGUGAACGCGUUUUCACACACUACAUGCGCGUAAAAAGCGCUCAUCUCGGAGUUGUCCUCGUCCUUAUCGGUUUGUUUCCUCCGGUUGCCGCGCCGUCAGUAUGCUCCAUUUUUCAGUGUCCUCCGGUUCUGGCUGUGCUCACAGUCGUGCAUUUGACCUCUAAUCUGGGGUUUCCACACCGCUGGUGUUUAGUUUCCCUGACGGCUGUACGCGCUCUGGACUCCGGCUCAUCCUCGGAGAAGUUCCGCCGCAGUCCCAUGUACCGCGUUUCUCUGUCUUCCUCUUGCUGCGAUAAGGAUGCUGGUGGAUUUUUCAUGGUCAGUUUCCACAAGAUUGGCCCAAGAUUGACGAGCGGACCAUGUAAUUAGAUCAGAGAUACAGCAGGCCUGUGAGAUAAAGUGAGCCCUCACCUUUGACCUGAUUUUAACCAUUUCAAACACUCUUCUGAUGUGUUAAGCAGCUUUGCUGAACAGUUUGAUGGAGAGCUGGUCGGAUGACAGCUGGAACUGUUGUCAUAACCGGAGGAAUACUGGCCACAGUGAUACUUCUGUGUAUCAUAGCCGUGCUGUGUUAUUGUAGACUCCAGUACUACUGCUGCAAGAAGAAUGGGUCUGACAGCGCCUCCAUCUCUCAGCAACACUUUGCCUGCAACGCCUGCAGUGUCUCAGGCCUGGACGGACCCAUCGUCACCCCGCUGUCCCUGUCGCCACCGGUGCCGCCCAAAUCCUACAAACCCACCAAAACCACCAGGGGGCGACGCAGCUACUGUCCCACCUGCUCACCCUACGACUCGCCUUUUUACAUCCGCACUACAGAUGAAAUGCGCAACGGUGGCGAGCGCAUCACCUACAUGCCCACGCACUAUGACAACCAGGCGCUGUCGAUGCCGUUGCCCGCGGUCCGAGGCUCCCUGCUGAGGGAGACGCAGCGAGGUCGGCCUCCUGAAUUCUACACCAACACCCGCGCCAUCAGCACCGAAGUGUGACCACCCCCUCCUCUCUAACGAAAAAAGAAGAAAAAAAAAAGAAAAUUCCUCCUUGACCUUUGACCUUUACACACACAGAUUCCCCUGUGUUCCCUUACACACACCAGCACCACCACUAACACAACCACUAAACAAAAACAAAGGCUGGCUGUUUGUGGAGAUUCCUUUAUCCCGUUUGUUCGCUGAGAAGAUGAAACUGUUCCCUCCUUUAUGCUCUUAAAUUGUACAUUUUCAUGCUCACUCAGAAAGUAAUAAUUCUGCGAUUCACAGUAGAUUAAAGUCCCUAAACCCUGAAUUAAGGGUGUAGCUAAACGCUUACACACUCCUUCACUGUCGACUGUUUCCGUGUCUUUACCGACCGAGGGCUAUUAUGGAUAAGUUGUGGGAUAAUUUUUUUCAUGCUACAUAUCUUCCCAGUGACUGCCAUGAAGUAAUAUAAAGAGGUAAGUAGCAAGUCUGAAGCAAUUUUAUCACAAUCGCAAAACACGAUGCCCCGUGUAGUCCUGGGAGGCGUUCAGGUAACGUUGAGGAGGCUGGACGACUGGAGAUUUCUCUAUGCAAACUACCGCAGCUCUUCAUCUCCUUUCAGCGAGUUUCAUGUCAUCGGUGAUAUUGUGAAGGGGUAAUAUUGGGAUUGCUGUGCCCAGCAGUGAGGUGUGGUGGUGAGGCACGUGUAGAUAGACACGCUGUGAGCAUUUAGAAACGGCGGCAGCAUUAAAGCUCGAGCUUCCCCUCUGAUGUGGAAACCUGUGAACGAACAAAGGAUGCCUGAGUCCCCCGAAUGCAGCAGUGGGACACGUGAAAUGGACUGAAUGAAAUUCUCUUUACUGACAGAAAUGCAAAAAGUUUGAAAUGUAAAUAGUAACCAGAAAACGUUGGUGACAGAGGGGGAGCGAUGCACGCUGGGUGUUUAAAGAGGGAUUUACUGAUUCGUGCUGUUUUGUCUACGCACUCUUCCUGCUCUCAGAAUGAUGCAAAUAUCCACAUUCAUUGACAUUCAUGUUGUUUUUCCCCUGUGUGGUGAGAAGGUGUGCGUACGUCCUUUCACAGUGCUCCUUUUCUACAUGAUGCUGUGUUGCUUGCGAUAAUAUUUGCUGUUGUUGUUUUGAUAUCUGUGUGUACAGCAGGGGUCGGAGGCCUGAAUAAGCAGAGCAAGAAACCUGUGUGGGGUGAGAAUGUUGGAGAGAUCCAAGUAUUUAGGAACGAAAUCAGAUGCACUUUUCUAACCUCUCCUCCAGCCGUGCAUAAUCAGACUUUAUUACCAGCUUCUUAAUUACUUUUUCAUAAUUAAAUCAAUUUUAACUGCAGUGCCAUUAUUAUGCUGUGCAUAUUCAACCUUCUGAAAGAAUUGGUUUUCUCCAGAUUAACUAACACGAGCAAAUAAAGAACUAACAGCAUAUGUACAGAGGUUUCAGUCGGUGGAAUGAGCUGAACGACGUGGACAUGUCGCUGCCGCUACGAUAGUUUUAUUGUCAUUAUUCAAUUAUUUAGACAUUGUAUUACCUGCUAUCUAUUUUACUCUUUACUUAACCAGUAAUCUUUGAAAAAUAUUAAAGAAAAUGAUUUUUAGAGAUGUGGUUAAA